AUGGAGGAGUAUUCAGCCCACUGGAAGAACACUCUCAUGGGAGCGGACUUCUGGAAAGACGCCGCCAUCUACGAAGAGGAAGUCGCUAAGAAGCUUCAACGAGGUACGGCAUCCCUCGUUCUCAUUAGUUCGCAUCUUGUCGCUUGUAUCGUCCAAGUUUUGGUCCCGCUAACAUCACCAGCCCUAACUCUGAACCUGCACAACCAGUUCCCCUUCAACAUGGGCGCGGAGCAAGGUCGCCGUCUCCAAGAUAUCCCAAAGAAACGUCGCCGUCUGAGUACUGCGGACCUCCUUACAAUUUCUGGUCUUCGACGUCAUCCUAGCGUGAAGGGUACCACUGCGCGUAUCAAAGGACUAGCCCGCCAUGUGCGAACUGGUUCGUUUAAAGCCGCGUCAACUUUGGAUCUAAAACUAUCUAUCGAUACUACUUCGAAGGUACUCGAUGCUCCCAAGAGUACUACUGCUCGUGCCGUUGAAAUCGUGUCUCCCCCUCCGGUUACUCUCCUCAGUUCGCCUACUACUUUAGACCUGGCUACGCCUGUCAAACUGAUUCUGCUCUUCCGCGGCGGUCCAUCUUGGGCAGAGCUCCCCAGGAUCAAGUCAACUCUGGAACUAGAUUUGUUUUCUACUAUCGACAAAGAAGAAAAGGAUGAUGGCAUCCUUACUAUCGUUGAGCUCAAACCGCUGUGUGAAUUUCGGAAUCUGCGUUCUCUCAAGCUCACUGGUAUGCUGCGCUCGUACCAACUGUACAUUUGGCAGGCUGUUUGGCUGAACACCAAGCUUGAAACUCUCGUUUUGGGUAUGGCGCUUGAGCCGGACAUCUUUUCCGCCCCCGGUUCCCAAUGGAAACAAAUCAAGACUGGUUGGAAGAUGAGUGGGAGGAUGUAUGCUGAUCCGGUUUACUAUGGACAUUACGGUAUUGGCGAGUUGAACCCGGAUAUUGGAUACGGCGAGUAUCUCGACAAGCAUGCCAUCGAAAAGGCCAAGAUUUGUGCGAUGGCCAUGGGCCCCACUGUGAAGCGCCUGCGGAUCAAGAGCAUCUCCCUGUCCGGAUUCGUCGUUGAUGGCGACCCUUUCUUACACUGGUUUGACCCGGAGAAGCUGCGAACUAUCCAUUUCAAGGCGCACUGUGUGGAUGCUGGAUUGUGGCUACCUCGCAACAUGCGCAGUGUGACUAUUCGACUAUCUAAGCCUUUUGACCUGGAGGCCGUUCCCACGGGCCUGGUCAAAUUGAACCUGUUAAAGGAUUUGAACAUGAUCACAUUGAAGAAGGGGCGCAAGGUGAGCCAGGUUCCGUUUGAGCACUGGCAGAAGGAGGAUUGGGAUAGUCUUUCCAGUCCAAAGUCCAGAUCUCCUUCUGGAUGA